CCCCCAGCUCUCCUGGACAGAGGGCUCCAGCCCUGGCAGCAGCUCCAUGGCCUUUGUCAGCUCCUGGGGAAGUGACCUCAGACUCCCCCAGCCCUCCCUGUGGUGUCCAUGUCCUGCUCCAGGCUGGGUUCUCUGUCUGUCCCUGAGCUCCAGACUGCAAAUGCUUGGGAAGAGAAGGGUCUGACUUUCCAGGGAGCUUUUCCAUUGGGACAUUUCCCCUUGCCAAAAUCAGGAGAUCCCUUGGGUGUGGGGGGCAGGUUUCCAGGAUGGUUUAGGCAGGUGGCAAUUGCAGCUGUUCCAGUGAGUCCAGGCAUCUCAUGGAGGGAAAAGUCCUCGUGUGUGAGAGUUUCUAAGGGAGGUACUGAGUAUUCAAAGCCCUCAGGCUGCUGCUGGUUCUCAUUCCCAGCAUGAAGCCCUUUUCCAGGGCAGCCUGUUGAGCUGCAGGGUGUGAGGAAAAGGUUUUCCAGCCAGAAGAGAGAAUGCUUUCCAUACAUUGACUGAUUUCUGCCCAUGAUCUGCCCCUGUCCCCCUCCUCCUGCUCUGGCUCGCUCUCCCCUCCCGGUGUUUCAGUGCUGAUGGGGUUGGACGUGCCAGUCCCCAUGAGGAUCCCAUUCCAGACACUCAUCCUCCUUUAGAAAACAUCCAGAGUCAAGGCCGUGCAUCCCUACGAGCGAGUGCAACAGCUUCGAUUUUUGAACGUUUCCAAAACGAGCUGCAGACCCAAAAAUAGAACAAAACAAAGUUUCUUUGCCACCUCCCUCGCUCCUCUGCAGCGCGACAGCCCCGGGGCGGCUCAGGGGAGGUUGUUGUGCCUCGGCCACUCAAGGCCACCCGUGGUUAAAAGGGAGACGCCGCCCUCCCUCUUCCUGCCGAGGGCUUGGGAUGCGUGAGCUGCUCCAGGGACCGGCUCAGGUGGGACCAUGAGCGCUCUCAGGGAGCUCCUGCUGUGCCUGCUGCUGCUGCUCCCCUCUGCAGCUCUGCCUAGGAAACAGGGAAGGGAUUCCCUGCUGGGAGAGCUGCGGCUGGAGGCAGAAGGGAGGAAGGUGGGAAAUGGAAGUUUGCAGGAGACACCCAGGUCCAGGAGAGCUGCUGCCACUCACCUCCUCUCCAAGGCUGAGCCAGGAGCCAGGUGCCCGCAGGGAGGGGCUGAGGAGGGGGCCCUGGGCUGGUCCAGCCCGCAGCCCUGGCCCCUCGGGGGCCUGGAAGGGCCCGUGUGCAGGGUGAGGAUGGAGCAGGACGGGGCCACCCCGAGGCACCUGGAGGUGGUGGGUGUGCUCAGCCACUACGAGAGCAGCUUCAUCAAACUGCUGAGGCGGCGCCGGAGCUGGGACGGGAACUUGGCGGGGACCUUCGGGCUGUGCCGGGCCGGGGAGGCGGGGGCUGCUCCCCAUCCCCUGCAGAGCAUCCACGAGCACGUGCUGGAGCCCGGCCUGGAGAGAUUCCUUGUCCUGCACCUGGAGGAAGUGCAGUGGGAAGCGCAGGUGAAGCUGCGGUUCCAGCUGCUUUUCCAGGCGGAGGUGGGACGGGCUCUGGGAGAGCUGCAGGCGGCCGUGAUGCUCUUCUACCUGGGCCGCCGGGAGGGCUCCGGGCCCCCGCAGGAGCUGCUGCUCACCGGAGCGGGGCUGGCACGGGACCAGAGGCUCUGCCUCUCCAGGGACACGCAGUACCUGGCGCUGGCAGCCGCCGCAGCCUCGGUGACCCGCAGCGCGGAGCGGCUCCGCUUCUCGGCGUCCCUGGCCAUCCACGGCGGCGCGGGAGGUGCUCCCCUGCCCCGCACGGAGGUGCAGCAGCUCCUGUUCGGCUCCGAUGACAAAUGUUUCACCCGCAUGACCCCGGUGCUGCUGCUGCUGGCCAAGUCACGGCAGCAGGAGGAGGAAGAGGAGGAAGAGGAGGCCUUGGCCCCGUCCUCCUACCUCUCUGCUGAGGGGGUGCUGGACACGGCUCCGUACCCACAGCUCAGCCCAGCCCAGGCCGGGACCGAGGAGCUGCCGCUCCCCACUGCCCCGAGCCAAGCCAACACUUCAUCCCCAGCGCCCGGGGGCAGCGCCCAGUUCCUGGCAGUCCUGACCCAGUUCAUCCGGCAGCUCCUGAACUCCUCCAGUGAGCCGCCCCCCCAGCCCAGUGCCCACCACUGGCUGGACUUCGAGGUGAUGGAGACCCUCCCUCACCAGCUGCUCAACCUGUCGGAGGAGGCGGCGCUGGAGCGCCUGGUGCAGUCGGAGGAGCCCUCGGUGCUGCUGCUGCCCCAGGACAGCGGGGCCGUGCUGGAGCAGCACCUGGGGGACUGGCAGCCGGAGGGCACCGUGCUGCAGCUGCUGAUGGGCAAACUGCAGGUGCUCAUCCAGGAGCUCAGGGACAUCCCGGCUUUCCAAGCCAACGCGGCGCUUUUCCAGCACCUCCUGACCUUCUGCUAUUACCCAGGCGAGCCGGGCCAGGCCGAGGCGGCCGAGGGGGACCCGGGCCCGCGGAAGCUGCGCACGCUGCUGCUGCUGAAGGCGCUGCAGUCGGUGCGGGCGCGCUGGCAGGAGCACAGAAAGGUGCAGCGGCAGAACCGCAGCGCUCGGCACCAGGCGCACUGCCGGCUGCAGGAGCUCACCAUCGACCUGCGCGACCGCCACUUCAUCGUCAUGCCCACCGCCUACGUGGCCAACAACUGCGAGGGGCCCUGCCGGCUGCCGCUGUCCUCGCGCAUCUCCAGCUACUUCUCGCACACGGUGCUGCUGCUGGACGUGCAGGAGCGGGGCUCGCCGCUGCGCAGGGCUCCGUGCUGCGUGCCCGUGCGCUACUCGGACCAGCUCAUCAUCAGCCUCUCCUCGGACGGGCUGGAGAUCCGCAAGUUCCCCAACAUGGUGGCAGAGGAGUGCGGCUGCCGGUGAGGCUCCCGCGGCCUCCCCGCCCGCCCCACCCCGGCCCUGUCCCGGUUUGCCCUCCCGGCUCGGGAUCUGGUGCUUCUC